GUUUGUGUGUGUGGGGGGGGGGUGUCUUGGUCUAUGCAAGCAACGUGGUCGACGUCUGCUAGAGCUGCCUCCAGAAAGCAGGCGGGGCAGUUGGCGACAAGCGGCGAACUGUGGCUAUUGGCUGAAGUCAGAUGGUCCUGUGUUAAUUUAUUGCAGGUGGUUUGUGCGUGGGAUUGACGGGACAUGAGUGCAUAAUGGUUGGCAGCUUAUAUGUGAAAGUUUUGUAAGGACUUCUUGUAUAAGGUGGUAAAUUAGAACGUAUUGUGCGCAGGUGUAGGAUUGUCGGAUACCGGCAAAGCAGUCAGAUUGUUGUGGGAUUGUGUUUUACGUAUUUAGUUAUUCAAUUUGUGAUUACGGACAUUCCUAUUUACGUUUUCGAAUUUCGUAAUAGAGCGAAGUUUAACGUCAGUAGGGUUAUCGUCGUAACCUUCGAUAGUGUGCCGAAGGACUUUCUGAUCUUGCGCGGAUUGCAGUUGGUAAACGCAUUUCUCAGAGUUAACACGGAGUUUGAGAAUUCUGUAGUUUUCAGCAUGGCCGAAAUACACCUUAAUGAUCCGUUGUGGGAAUCCGAUCCUGAGUUAUUCUCAAUCAUAAAAAACGAAAAGGAACGCCAGAUCUCUGGCUUGGAAAUGAUUGCUUCAGAAAACUUUACAUCUCUGUCUGUUCUUCAGUGUUUGAGUACUUGCCUACACAACAAAUAUUCGGAGGGCCUGCCCGGUCAGAGGUAUUACGGUGGUAAUGAGUAUAUUGAUGAAAUUGAGCUAUUGUGUCAGAAGAGAGCACUGGAGGCAUUUAAUUUGAAUCCUGAUGAAUGGGGUGUGAAUGUACAGCCGUAUUCUGGAUCUCCCGCCAAUUUGGCUGUGUAUACAGCCAUUGUAGAACCUCACGGAAGAAUUAUGGGGCUUGAUUUGCCAGAUGGUGGACAUCUUACCCAUGGUUUUAUGACAGCUAAUAAAAAAAUAUCAGCCACAUCCAUAUUUUUUGAAUCAAUGCCUUAUAAAGUAGAUUCAGUUACCGGUUUGAUUGAUUAUGAAAAAUUGGCUGAAACUGCAAAGUUGUUCAAACCAAAAGUUAUUGUUGCAGGAAUGAGUUGCUAUUCCCGUUGCCUGGAUUACAAGAGAUUUCGUAGUAUUGCAGAUGAAAAUGGAGCUUAUUUAUUUUCGGACAUGGCUCACAUAUCAGGUUUGGUUGCAGCAGGACUCAUUCCUAGUCCUUUUGAAUAUAGUGAUGUGGUAUCAACAACGACCCAUAAAACUCUGCGAGGCCCAAGAGCUGGAGUAAUUUUUUUCAGGAAAGGAGUUAGGUCAGUGAAUAAGAACGGAGAGAAAAUAAUGUAUGAUCUUGAAGCGAAAAUUAACCAGGCAGUUUUCCCUGGACUUCAAGGAGGACCCCAUAACAACACAAUUGCUGGAAUUGCAACUGCCUUUAAGCAAGCCAGGACUCCAGAAUUUAAAGCAUAUCAGAAACAGGUACUAUUGAAUGCAAGUAGACUAAGCUCCGGUUUACAAAACCUUGGAUAUAAGUUGGCUACUGGAGGGACAGAUGUGCAUUUGGUGCUUGUGGAUUUGCGUCCUGCUGGAAUCACUGGUGCACGAGCCGAAUUUAUUCUUGAGAGCAUAUCAAUUGCUUGUAAUAAGAACACAGUGCCGGGGGAUAAGAGUGCAUUGAAUCCUAGUGGUAUCAGAUUGGGUACCCCUGCAUUAACUACACGAGGUUUGAAAGAGGAUGAUAUGGAUGAAGUUUGGAACUGGCAAAAGAAAUAACUAAAGUAUCUGGACCCAAAUUGGUGGAUUUCAAAAAAAUUACUACCACGAAUGAAAUCUUUAUGAAAAAAGUUGAAGACUUGCGAAAUGAGGUUGAAACUUUUGCAAAAAAAUUCUUCUUACCUGGAUACAAAGAGUACUGAAAAUUUACUUCUUGAAACAAAAUUUUGUAGUAGAGAAGUUACUGAAGUAUUUGUAAUGAGUGAUAUAUUUUGUUAAUCAUGUAAACUUUUUUUGAAGAUUUGUAUAAUGUCUAUUUGUUAAAACAAUAUUGCAAUAAUUUUUCAACAUUCAUGUAAUAAAUACACUUUCGAAUCUGCUUGCAACAUAAUCAAUUUUGUGAGCUAUCUUAAACCAUUUUAGACGCUAUUUCUUCUUACAUAUUGUCAUUAGAUCCACCAUAUACAUUUACAUUAUUUACAUAUAAUGUAUUCUUGCAGACCCUCAAAAUGAAAAUUUAAUUGAAGUACGUCGUGCCAAGUUUUGCUGAUACUGGAAUGCUUUCGUUAAUAACCAUUCAUCUAUCCUUCCCCUCCAGCCACAAAUCCUAACCUCAAAAACUUAUCUGCCCGUCUUUCUUUCGUUUCCCGUCCAUCUCUGCCUCAUUUUUUCCAUCC